UGAUCAACUCCAUGGGCUUUCAAGUGAUUGUAUUAUAAAAGAAGCAAGAACCAUAAAAAUAAGGGGAUCAGGAAACUUUCAAUUCAAGGCUUAUUUACCUUUUUAAAUUGAAUUGACGAAUCACCAUUGCAUGAAUGUUAAGUUCAUUCAUGGUUGUUGAGAUAAAAGUUGAACUUGACUGGUAAGAUGGAUUAGAUUGUUGAAGACACCACCAAGUAGUGAUGAUAUAAAGGAAAAUAUUGAUCAAAGUAAAUGUCCAAUUUUGACGCAAACUCUUACCUUUUGGUGUUGACUUGUUCAUUGGGUGAGUUUAUAUUGGAAAGGCUGUUGAAUAGACAGAAGAUAAGUUAAAUGGUGUGCUCAUAUACAUGGUGUUUCAUUGAUAAGCUUGGAAAGCUCAAGAAUAGAGCAACUCCUGGGAAUGAAUUAUUCAGUGAAAGAGAGAGAAAAAUGAAGAUAACCUUCAUUCCCUUUUGUAUUAGAAGCCAAUCGAAAUGUCGAUUUUAGGUUACUAAAAUUGUAAGCAUAAAAACUGUAAUAACCCAUAAACACACUGAAAUUGCAAGAGAGGAAACAGGGAGACUUUUUACUUCUUUGAUUCAUUUUUCAAAUUAUCAUCUUCCAUCAUCUUAUCAUCUUUAAUAUUUUUAUCAUCUCUAUCAUCAAGAUUGACUUAUAGUUAUUCUGGUUCAUUUGUUGUAAUGUAUCAUCAUUUAACCCAUUUAUCAGCAUAAUUAUGACUAUGUUAGUCCACUCAUCUUAAGAAUCAGAACCAGCUCUUCACUGUGCUUUAUUACAAGCUUAGUCGUUGAUUGUUUAUACUAAAUUACCCUGUAAACUUGGUGCUUUUAAUCAGCUAAAGUAUUCAUCUUUUCCUGUUAAUUGUUAUUCACUCGAUUUGUUUAACCUGAUCAGCCUCUCUCUACCUUAUUUGCUUAUUCAAUUUUAUCCUAUGACAAUUGCAUCUCAUUACAUCUGAUAGUUCAUCCAACAAUUAGUUUGUGUGUAAAUCAUUUUCAUUUGUCUGUUGCACCGAAAUUGUUUUAACUGAUCUUUUGUUUUCAACCUGUUUGUUUUAAUUCGCACUAGGCAAUUAUUAUUUUCUCAUUUGUGUGAUCGUCAUUUUGUGAUUUUUGAAAUAACUCGAACGGCAUAAUACAAUGAACUCUACAUGUUUAAGGUCACCUAGGCGAUGAACUUUUUCAAGAAGAAGCUAAAACAACACAAAAAAGGCCAUGCAAACGAUGAUGACGAUGAUCUUGAUGAUUACAUUCCACCGGUUCCACCUCAUCCAUCAGAGCUUGCUAAACUUGAGGAACAGGCCAAAGAUUUGUUAACCUGUGAUAGUCUUCCAGUGACCACCAGUGAAACAAACGGCCAACAAGGGUCAACCUCAACCCCAAGUGGACUCUCCUCUCGGGCUAAGGUAAACAAGGAUAAAGAAGAGUGGAAAUUUUUUGAACAAUUAACCGCCAAGGUUGAAGAAACUGUAGUCAGAAGUCAGACUCAUUUGGAUGAAUUGAAAAAGGUUUCGGCUGCGGAAGAGAUUGCCAAAAAAGGUGACCUAGACGACGAGGACGAUAUACCAGUUAAUGACGAGUUUUUUGAGGAAACUGAAACAGUAACUGGUGUUGUAGCCAAAGGAACAGCCAACUGGAUUCCAUUGGAAAAAGAUUCUGAAGUGGAUGUAAAAAGUGAACCACUCAAAGCGAGUUUACCUAACAGUGAACAGUCUAAGAUUGCUCCAGCUGUGGUUAACAGCGAUUCAGCUACCGGUAAUCUUGAAAAACCAGGAAACAUUACUAAUAGCAACGAAACUAUCAAACAGCAAGCAACAGCAGUAACAACAACACCUGGAAAUACAAUUGAUUUGUUGGAUGACUUCGGUUUUGGUGAAGAACCUAAACCUAGUGAGACAACUAAACCUUCUGACGUGAUAUUUGAUUAUGAAAAUGAUUAUCUAGAUGAUCCUUUUGACACAUCUUUUGUUGACAUAUCCAAAAUAGGAGCUGGAUCAAGAUUAAAUGAAACUGAUUAUCCUAUUACAACUAGUAGUGGGACAAUAGCAACUUCAACUACAGCAGCAACAGGAACCAGUGAUUUGUUAAGUAAACUGUUAAAAAAAGAGACUAAAUCCACUGCAACAAGACCUAGUGACCUUAGUUCAUUAAAUCGAUACGAUUCAACUGGUUCAACUCAACGAAACUUCAUCUCCUCCUCCAUUUCAAUACAAUCACCACUUGACCCUUUGGAAACCAACCAGACACAAAUCACAGGAACCACUGAAAGUGUCAAUAACAAUACAAACGAUAAACCCAACAUUAAUAGUAGUAAUAAUAAUAUUGAUAUUAAAAGUAGUAGUAGUAAUAAUAAUCAUAAUAAUAACAAUAGCAAAAGUAACGACAAUAAUAAUAAUCUCACUAGUGCCAAAGUAUUAGGAGAAUCGAGUUUCCUCGAAGAAACAAGUCAACCUGAUUUCAAAUCACCUGCUUUUGAUUCGGUUGACAACGAUUUUUUCAUAAGCAAUAAACUUGGUCGAUCUUCUCGUUACGGUUCGACAGCUUCAAUAGCAUCAAUUAUGUCUAAUCCAUUCUUGAAUGACACUGAUUUUUACACUCCCGCCAUGGGUUCAGGAGCUACUACACCUUUUUCAGGUGCAGCUUCACCAAGACGCAGAGGAAGUACCAAUCCAUUCGAGGUUUCACCUGAGGAUGAAUACUCAACUAAUCUGGAAGCUUCGGCAAUCGCAGCUCUAACCAAAGACUUUGUUAAUGCAAUCAGUGAACCUACACCUGACGAGUCUAGAGAAAAUGAUCAAUCUAAACAAUUAAAUAAUCUCAUGGUUGGUUUGAAUGAAAACCUUUUAGAUCCAGAUGAUCCAGAUAUUGAUGAUGGUUUGGUUGAUACAGGAAAAUCCUUAGACCCUGAUGCUUUGCCCGAGCCAUUUGAUCCAUUUGCAACUAUUCAUGAUGAGUUUGUUGACUCACCAAAACGAUCAUCUGUGACAAGUGCUGGACUAGAUGCUGAUGAAUUCAUUGGGACAAUAGGUAAAGAUCCGGUUGAAGAUGAUGGUGUUGAUAAUCUUCUUAGAGCUCCAGUUAUGCCAUUGGAAUAUCUUUCCGACGUAUCAGACAACGAUGAACCUUCACAAUCAGAAGAUGAAUCUGGUCGAGGACGGAAGUCGAGUGCCUUCCAAAUGGAAUUAUUAUGUAAAGAUAAAGAUGAACCUCCACCGAAAUUUGAUCCUUUACCCAUCACGGUAAUCACUCGAAAUCUUAGUAUACCCUGUGAACCAAGAGCACCGACAACUGAUUCCUCUGAAACAUCACCUGACAUUAAGGGUGAUAUUGAUCUAUUACCUGGAGUUCCCUUCUUUGAUCCUUUUACCACAGUGAUUGACAAAGAUUCACCUUCAUCACCAAAAAUAAUUGGUAUUUCACAAGAUUUAAUUGAAUCUAUUACCAAAGCUGGAGCUUCCAGAGCUGCAGGUUUAGCAGGAGAGUCGGGUAAUGAACCAGACGAUGAGGAUGAGGAUGAUAGUCCUGAGUCACGAGGAACAAUUGAAAAUCGUUAUUCAGAAGGUAUAGUUAACCAUGGUUUUACGGAUAAUAAAUCAUCCAUCGAGAGUCCAAGUGGAGGUAACGAGGUGAUAGAACGAACAGAACGUGCUUCUUCAGAAGAGCAUGCAGUUUCACCAGUUAAAGAAGACACCACCACAGAGCCACCAGCGACUAUUACAGCUAGUGAAACUGGAGCUUUAGCUGAACCAGUAAGUGGCACAGGACCAAUAACACAAGAUAACACAUUAGACGUUUUCGGAGGAUCCGACUCUGGAUUAGCAGCGUCUAGUGGAUUUGAUAAUGAUCCAACUGACUCUGGUCGAGAUCCUUUUGAAACUUCAGAGUUUCUGGUUGAACCAGUUCAAGAUUCAUUACCUUACACCGAUUCAGCAGCUUUUGAUGCCUUUGCUGCUAAAUUUGAUUCAACAAGUAAUACACUUGGUACCAGCCAAAAUGAACAAAAUCCAGAUUCAAUGUCAUCCUCAUUUGACCCAUUCUCAUCUCCCGCUAACAAAGGAAACAAUAGCAAUAAUAUUAGUUCUAAUAAAUUUGAUGACAUUGAUGGUUUUGAUAUAUUUGAUUCGUUUGCCUCUGGGUCUAUUAAACCACCAAAAAAUACACCAGCAAAGCAAAAUACUGGCCAGUUAUCGGCAGCAAAAGCAGCAUCCAAAGACUCUUUUGAUGAUGAUGACGAAGAUGAUUCAUUCCGGGUAGUCAUUAAGUCACAAGUAAAAGACAAUGAAUCCAAUAAAGAAUCAAAAAGUGCUGGACCAUUGCCAUUGUUACCCCCUCCACCUAAAACACCGAUCAAAUCAAUCGCAUACCAAGAUAAAGAGCCAGUUCAAGGAGCAAGAGAGGCCAAAAAAGCCAAUGAAUUUGAUGAAUUUGAAAUGUUUUUUGGUAAUUAUAUAUCGAAGGAUUCCAAUGCUAAAUCCAAGGAUGAAGAUGCCACUGGUGAUUGGCCUCCUCCAGCUUUAGGUGAAGCAGGAGCCAAAGCUAGAACAGAGUCGAUGGAAAGUCCAUCAACACCAUUAUUUGAUGAUGAUACAUCUCAACCAUUGGAAGAUUUUCCUCCUCGAUAUGAUGGAAAUGGCUGGGAAAUGUACCUUCGUCAUCCAGCCAAGAAAAAAUUAACUGGUAAUCGAUAUUGGAAGAAAGUAUUUGUCCGCCUUUCAGAAAAUUCAGUCAUCCAGCUAUUCAAUAAACCAGGAGACAAUGAACCUUUCCAAGAAUUACCCUUACAGCCAUGUUAUUCUUUGUCCGAAGUGACCUCACAACAAUAUGAUCAGUAUGGUAAAAUAUUUACAGUUAAAGUGCAAUAUAUCUUCUAUCGUGAGCGUGUAGGUGUUCGAAAAGGUCAAAUAGCAAAGGUGAUGCAAGGACAGAUAACUUCAGUCAGUGGAUUGGCAAAAUUGGGAAUGCCUUUGGAACAUUCACCACAAGUUUCUCAGUUAAUCAAAUUGGGCUCAUUGGUUUAUGACGAUGUCAAAGUUUUUGCCAAUUUGAUUGAAGACGCUUUCUUCCGGAUGGUUAUUCAUCGAGAUCGAGCUUUAACCUACAAAACAGAAGAAAUUCAAGUUACUGUAGUUGAUGAAUAUUAUGUAGAAACGACUAAAACAGGUCUAGUGACAAAACAAUUAGCUCGUGUUCGUGUCUUCAUGUUAGCUUUCAUCAAUGGUAUGCCCACAAUUGAAAUUGGUGUAAAUGACAUGAUACGCCAAGGUAAAGAGAUAGUUGGUCGUCAUGAUAUUAUACCAGUUGUUACUGAAGAAUGGAUUCGUUUAGAAGCGAUAGAGUUUCACUCGUCAGUUAUGAAAGAAGAGUACGAGAAGGAAGAUAGAUUAAUCAAGGUUCACCCGCCCGAUGCUUGUUUCUUUGAGCUUUUACGAUUCCGGGUUCGUCCACCUAAACAUCGAGAACUUCCUCUUCAGGUAACAGCUAAUCUGACUGUAACAAAGGCAAAAGUUGAAUUACGCUGUGAAGUCCUGGUACCUGGUUGUAUUAGUCGUAAAUAUGGUCAGAUACCAUGUGAAGACAUUGCCAUACGAAUGCAUAUUCCAGAAUGUUGGAUAUACUUUUUCCGAACAGAAAAACAUCUUCGCUAUGGAUCAGUAAAAUCAGCAGCACGAAGACCAGGAAAAAUCAAGGGAAUUGAACGCUUUCUAGGAGCAACAUCUAAUCUAGAAUCAACAAUGUUGGAAGCAUCAGCGGGAGUAGCGAAGUAUGAACACGCAUUCCAUUCCUUGGUCUGGAGAAUACCUCGUUUACCCAAGGAAGGUCAAGGUGCUUAUACCCAACAACUGAUGGUUUGUCGUUUACCAAUGAGCUCUUUUGACCAGAUACCGGAUAAAUUUUAUGAAUUUGUUCAUAUUGAAUUUACGAUGCCCUCAACAACAGUUUCCCAUGCAGUUAUCCGCUCAAUUUCGGUUACCAAUGAUAAUCCACCGGAAAAAUAUGUACGCUAUGUUUCUAAACAUGAAUAUAGAACGGAAUUGAUUAUCAACUUUAAAGAGAAAGAUGACGAGACUGAUUAUCAAAUUGCUGCAUCAGUACCAUUGAAAUCUCAACCAGUUGUACUUGAAUCUGACAAGGAGAACAAAGAUGGUGACAGUGAUGAUAGUGAUUAAAGAAGAUAAUUGAUCCCCAAAAUGCAAAAUUUUUAAAAACAAAUGGUAUUGUUUCAAAUUAAGUGAGACUUGGAGAAUUUGAAAUUAUUUAAUUUUCUUUCCAAACAAAGGACAACAUAAUGUAUUGUAGCUUUUUAAUUGAUCACUCUAAACUCUUUGGUUUCGCGUUUUACUUCUAACACUUUCACCAUUAGCAUUACCAUCGACUUUAACAUCUCUAUUUUCAUCUUAAAGGCUAUAAGGCUGACCAUCAUCUCUAUCAUCACCUGAUAUCUCACCCAAUGUACGCCGCAAUCAACAAAGCUCCUAAAGGUUUAUUGUUUGUGUUUUAUUUUGUGUAUAUAUAUUUAUGUGUGUAAUCUUCUAAUUGCUCGAUUGUUUAGACCAAUUGUGUGCUUCAAGUCGCUCACGUAGCUUCGAUUUGUUGGUAAUACAGACAUCUAUAAAUAUAUAAUAUAAUGAUUAAAUUAUGUUAAACUAUGAA